GGGCGUCCGCAAUUGUCGGCCAUAUUUUAGCCUGCACGGCUUCGCGUCCAAUUCAUAUUUUGGACCUUGUCUCCGUUUACACGACGUGAAGUGAACUUUUCCAAGAGAAUUAAAUUAGUUUAUCGAUUUUAGUUGACGGUUUCUAUUAAUUUCUCUAGAUGGGCGAAGAUCAAAAAGAGCGUGAAAAGGACCGGGAUAAGGAUAGCAGGAGGAGGCGAUCCAGGUCCCGGGAACACAGGAAAAGGUCAAGAUCGAGGUCCAGGGACCGUAGGUCGAGGAGUCGUGACAAACACGACAGGAAGAGGAGUAGGUCUCGAUCUCCCAAGAAGAGCAAAGGGAGGAGGAGGAAGCCAUCUCUCUACUGGGAUGUUCCACCUCCAGGAUUCGAACACAUCAGCCCGUUACAGUAUAAAGCCAUGCAAGCUGCUGGUCAAAUACCAGCAAAUAUUGUCGCUGACACACCACAAGCGGCUGUGCCUGUUGUUGGUUCAACAAUAACUAGGCAAGCAAGGCGUUUAUACGUUGGGAACAUACCAUUUGGAGUGACAGAGGAGGAGAUGAUGGAAUUUUUUAACCAACAAAUGCAUUUGUCUGGGUUGGCUCAGGCAGCUGGCAACCCCGUCCUUGCGUGCCAGAUCAACUUGGAUAAGAACUUCGCAUUCCUUGAAUUCCGAUCAAUUGAUGAAACGACACAAGCAAUGGCAUUUGAUGGUAUUAGUUUCAAAGGACAGAGUUUGAAAAUCAGACGCCCUCAUGAUUAUCAGCCGACCCCUGGCAUCGCAGAUGGAGGUGCAUUAAAUGUGCCAGGUCUGCUUGGAUCCUCUGGUGUCAUAAGCACUGUUGUGCCGGACUCACCCCACAAAAUAUUUAUUGGUGGGUUACCAAAUUACCUUAAUGAAGACCAGGUCAAGGAGCUUCUGAUGUCAUUUGGUCAACUCCGAGCUUUCAAUUUGGUCAAGGACUCUGCUACUGGACUCAGCAAAGGCUAUGCUUUCUGCGAGUAUGCUGAUAUUAUAAUGACAGAUCAGGCGAUUGCUGGUUUAAACGGAAUGCAGUUGGGUGACAAAAAACUGAUUGUCCAGAGGGCUAGUGUUGGAGCCAAAAAUACGAUACUUGGCCAGCAGCUGCCUGUCACCAUUCAAGUCCCAGGGCUUAAUCUAGUUUCUGCCUCCGGCCCUGCUACUGAGGUGCUCUGCCUGUUGAACAUGGUCACUCCUGAAGAGCUGAAAGAUGAGGAAGAAUAUGACGAUAUACUUGAUGAUAUUAGGGAAGAAUGUAAUAAAUACGGCAUUGUCAGAUCACUUGAAAUUCCGAGACCCAUAGAAGGUGUUGAAGUUCCAGGAUGUGGGAAGGUAUUUGUCGAAUUCAAUUCAAUUAUAGACUGCCAAAAAGCACAACAAGCACUUACGGGAAGGAAAUUCAGCAAUCGGGUCGUGGUGACAUCCUAUUUUGAUCCUGAUAAAUAUCAUCGACGAGAGUUUUGAACUUUUUGACAUAACAAUUUUUAUUUACAAUUAUAGACAUCCCUAUGAAAUAUUCUUCUGAAAGUAUUGAAGUUUGCUUGAAAGUUACUUUAAAAUGAUAAAUGUAACAUAAAUGCAAAGGAUGAUUGUACAUACAUGUUACACUAUUUAUUUUUUGUUUCAAUUUAGAAAGUAUGCCAAUAACAAUACAGCUUCUUUUGUGUUAUUUUGCCUAAAUUUUGUUCCCUGAGUUUAAAGGACAAUGAUAAUUACAUACACAGAAACUUUUGUAACUAU